CUGUGUUUUGACACCGCCUCCUCGUUCGCAUAGCCUUCCCAACUGGUCUGAGGACAGUUUUACGGAGGUGUUUGCUGCCAGAUCGGGAGAAGGGCGAAGGCAUCACCGCAGCCCCGGGAUCUCUGGAGGGACGGGAGCACUCAGGAUUUCCGCUUUGCGCUGUACGACCGAAAUCCGCCGUGCGCUUCGGCUCUCUCCUCCGUGCACCGGGGGCCGGCACUUUGAGACACAGCUCAGAGCCCUGACUCCACAGAAGCAGCAAGAAAAGAAGAGCAAGACCGAGCAUUGGAAAACAUCUCGGCGGUUGCUAAGCUGCACGUGACGGAGGUGCAGAUAAAGACCAGGACAAGCAUGAUGGCGAUCUACGGGCAACUGCUGUAAAAAGCCCUCAGUCGAACCCGACACUGGCGCCCCCUCCUCCUCCACGCCCCUCCCGCCCAUGAUGUAAAUACAGCGUGGCAUUCAUUUUUCACCAAGGCGCCGCGGAACCAUGGACGCCAGCCAGACUCUCUGGAUCGGUCCCGUUUGGAUUUAACGCCAAUCCCCCCGACCCAGGACACGGGGAGUGAAAGUCCAAAAAAAAAUCAAAAAAAAAAAAAAGCGGCAGCAGCAAAACACACUCUCCGCCAUGAGGGUCACGGCCACCGCCACAGCCUGCCUCUGCCCCCUCAUCUUCUGCCUGUGUGUGCUGGAGGGGGGUCACGGGACGACCCGGCACGGGCCCCUGAAAGUCACCCGCAACCAAACCAAGCUCCCGGACGGGGAGAAGGAGGUGCACCACCGGCCCAAACGGGGCUGGAUCUGGAACCAGUUCUUUGUUUUAGAGGAGCACAUUGGGCUGGACCCGCAGUACGUGGGGAAGCUGCACUCCAACUCGGACAAAGGCGACGGAUCGGUCAGGUACCUCCUCUCGGGGGAGGGCGCCGGCACCAUCUUCAUCAUCGAUGAGGUCACGGGGGACAUCCACGCCACCAAGAGCCUGGACCGGGAGAAGAAGGCCCACUAUGUGCUGCACGCCCAGGCCAUCGACCGCCACACCAACAAGGCCCUGGAGCCCGAGUCCGAAUUCAUCAUCAAGGUCCAGGAUGUCAACGACAACGCCCCCAAGUUCCCAGACGGCCCAUUCGUGGCCUCUGUGCCUGAAAUGUCCAAUAUCGGUACCUCGGUGUUCCAGGUGACGGCGACGGACGCGGACGACCCCACAUACGGAAACAGCGCCAGGGUGGUGUACAGCAUCCUGCAGGGGCAGCCCUACUUCUCUGUCGAUCCAAAAACCGGAGUCAUCCGAACCGCCCUGGUGAACAUGGACCGCGAGGCGAGGGAACAGUACACCGUGGUCAUCCAAGCCAAAGACAUGGCGGGCCAGGUGGGCGGGCUCUCGGGUUCGACCACGGUCAACGUCACGCUGACGGACGUCAACGACAACCCACCCAAGUUCCCUCAGAAAAACUACCAGCUGUACGUGCCCGAAUCAGCACAGGUCAGCAAGGCGGUGGGCAAGAUCAAAGCAAACGACGAGGAUCUGGGGGUCAACGCGGACAUCGUGUACAGCAUCACCAACGCAGAUGGGGCCGCCAUGUUUUCCAUCACUACCGACAAAGAGAAGAGGGAGGGGAUCAUUUCGCUGAAGAAGCCCCUGAACUUUGAGAAGAAGAAAGCCUACACCCUGCACAUCGAGGGGGCCAACACCCACCUGGACCCCCGCUUCUCUCACCUGGGCCCCUUCAGGGACUCCACCACCCUGAAGAUCAUCGUGGGUGACGUGGACGAGCCGCCCGUCUUCUCCAUGGACUUCUACAUCAUGGACGUGUACGAGAACGCCCCGAUCGGGACAGAGGUGGGCGUGGUCACGGCCCGGGAUCCCGACAGCUCCAACAGCGCAGUCAGGUACUUCAUUGACCGCAGUGAGAACGGAGACACCUACUUCAGCAUCGACGCCACGACAGGAGUCAUCACCACCACGCAGACGCUGGACAGGGAGGAGACGGCCUGGUACAACAUCACCGUGGUAGCCUCGGAGGUUGAGAACCCCAGUCUACUCAGUCACGUCCCUGUCACAGUUCAGGUGUUAGACGUUAACGACAACCCUCCAGAGAUCCCAACGGAAGAAGAGGUGAUCGUCUGUGAGAGUUCCAGGCCGGGUCAGGUGAUUCAGACCAUACGAGCCGACGACAAGGACGAUUUUGCCAACGGCCGAUUUUCCUACUGGCUUCCCAGUGAUUUGCCCGUUAAUCCCAACUUCACCCUCAAGGACAAUGAAGACAGCAGCGCCAGCAUCGUUGCCCGGAGACGGCGGUUCAGCCAGUCGGCGCAGGAGUUCUACCAGCUGGCGGUGGCGGUGUCGGACGGCGGCGAGCCGGCACUGAGCAGCACGGGCACGUUGACCCUGAGAGUGUGCGCCUGCGGGCGUGGCAGGGCCGCCCGCACCUGCCGGGCCGAGGCCUUCCUGUCCGCCGCGGGGCUGAGCACCGGCGCCCUCAUCGCCAUCCUCCUCUGCAUCGUCAUCCUGCUGGCCAUCGUGGUGCUGUUCAUCAACCUCCGCAGCAAGAAGGGGAAGAAGGAGCCGCUGAUCAUCUCUGAGGAGGACGUGCGGGAGAACGUGGUCACCUACGACGACGAGGGCGGUGGCGAGGAGGACACCGAGGCCUUCGACAUCACCGCCCUGCGGAACCCGGCGGCCGCCGAGGAGAUGAAGCUGCGCAGGGACGUGCGGCCUGAGGCGCGGCGAGCAGCGCCCCCUGGUGGCCGGAGGAGCUGGAGCCCCUCCCGGGCAGCGCUGGACGACGCGGAAGUGUGUGACAUCAUCAGGCGGAGACUGGCGGACGCGGACGGGGACACCAGCGUCCCGCCCUACGACUCGCUGCAGACGUAUGCAUACGAGGGCCGGGGCUCGCCCGCGGGGUCCGUCAGCUCGCUGGACACGCCCACGGGGCACUCUGAACUGGACCCCAGCGAAGUGGACGACUGGGGUCCCGCCUUCCUCAAACUGGCCGAACUCGUUGGGGAGACCGAGUCGGAGCCGACCGCCUAGCGAGCGUCGCUCAACAGACAAACGAACAAACAAACAGUCUCUCCCCCUUUCCUCCUCCAACGUUUAAUAAUAAAAUGUAAAAAAAAAAGGAAAAAUCUUUUGAAGCAGCCCAGCUGCUCACUUCUACUGCUGAGUCAGCCCUUUCUACCCCUUUCUGCAAGCGGAGGACAGCUGUCUGGUUUUGGAAAAAUAAACACAAAAAGUAAAAAUGCAGAAAAAAAGGAAAAUAUUUUCCCUGGUGUAUAUUUUUUAUCGCUUAAUAAAGUCCGUAAUUCCAAUUUAGUGAAUAUGUGAUAUGAAUUUUAACCUGUGA